AAAAAAAUAAAAAAAAAUCGGGGGUCCGGAUUCUUCCAAAAAAACAAAUAAUUAAAAUACAAAACUAAAAACAAUUCAAUCAACCCUCGAAGGAAGCCGGCAUAGCCUGGCUGCUUAAAAUAACAGCGAUCCGGUGCAGACGCAUCGUUGGAUCAGUCAACGCCCUGGAAAUGCCUUAGCACCCGAACUCCGAGUAUACCAUGCCAUGCUUUGCCUUCGUUCCCUGGGAAAAGGGGAGAAGAAAAAAAAACCCUUUUGAGCUAAACCGCCACUAAAGCAAAGUCUUAAACCUUUUUGCAAGGCGGCGGGGAAAAAAAAAAGAGGAGAGCUGAAUAAACAAACGCUACAACACCGAGUUUUCCCACAGAACCACACCCCCCCCCUUUCCCUCCCCCCCUCUCAAAUUCUUUUAAAAUUUAUUUAUUAAAAAAAACAAAAAACUAUUUAAGACCAUGCAGGAUCGAGAAGGGCAAGACGGCUUCCUGUGCAAGCAGUGCGACGAGGUCUGCCCCAGUUGGCCUGAUCUUUUGGAGCACGCGGAGAGCCACUGCCUGCCGAACGACGAGAGGAGGUUUAAGUGCAGCGAGUGCGGCCGGGGUUACCGGCACGCUGGCAGCCUAGUGAAUCACCGCAAGACCCACGAGGUGGGCCUGUACAGCUGCACUGUCUGCGGCAAGGAACUCAGCAACCCCUUGGCACUUCGCAACCACCAGCGUCUGCACACCACAGGGCUGCACUGCCAGCUUUGCGGUAAGAUUUUCAGGCUGGCGUCUCAGCUGGCCGUCCACCAGAAGUGCCACGAAGACGCCGUUCCCGGUCACGGCGAACUCCAGCAUCCCGGCACCUCCGGUUUGGAAAGCGGGAAUCCCGGCGGGCUCCUGGACGGACAGGAGGCUUCCGACGGAUUUCAGCAGCCGGGUGUGUGCGUCUCGGAUCCCCGGCGCGGGGGAGGAAACCUCGAGGCUAGCGUCGGGAACGAACUGCCGGGCCAAGCGCUCAUGGAGAACCUUAAUAGCUUUCGGCCCACGGAGAGCAAUACCUCGACUCCUCUGAGAGCCUGCCCAGGAAAGACCAGGGGGAAAGUUUCCGAACCCUGCCCAGAGCCCCUGAGCUCGGAGGACCGCCCGUUUAAAUGCGUCCAGUGCGAGAAGACGUACCGUCACCACGGGAGCCUGAUCAACCACAAGAAGUCGCACCAGCUGGGGGCUUUCGAAUGCCGCGUCUGUUUCAAGCAGUUCAACAACUUGGCCGCUUGCAACAGCCACGUGCGCAUUCACUCCAAAUCCAAACCCAGCCGGUCCUUCGAGGACUCCGACCCGUCGCAUAGCGGCAGCAACAAUGGCGAGAGAUCCAAUUUCUGCCACCUCUGCCAGGUGGCUUUCGCGAGCGAGUCCGAGUUCGAAGAUCACAUCGUCCUUCACAACAGCUCUUCCCUGGCCCUGGGCCACCCCGACGGAUCCCGAGAGGAAAGCGGCAGCGUCUCCUCCUCUUAUCCGUACGACGAAGGGGAAAGCGGUCGCCCGCCCCCUGAAAGCGCGCCCUUUGGAGCGACAGCCGAUUCAGGGGACAAGGAACCUCCGAGCGGGCUGGCGUACGUCUGCGCCUUCUGCGGGGAAUGUUACUCCGACCUGGAACGCCUUAAAGAUCACUACCUGACCCACGACUCCGGAGUGGCGGAGCAGGAGGAGGUGAAGGAGGAGGUAGCGGAGAAAGGAACAACGCCCAGACUAGACCCCCAGACGGACUGGAUCAAAACCGAAAACAACCGGAACGCUGAAAACCCCGUUGUCCAAGCUAAAGCCCGGGACCCCGUUACGGUCGAGGGCGAACGCAGGUUUAGGUGUCAGGAGUGUGGAAAAAGCUACCGGCACGCUGGGAGCCUCGUCAACCACAAGAGGUCGCACCAGACCGGCGUCUAUCAGUGCACGAUCUGCAGGAAGCAGUGCCUCAAUCUGGCUGCCUUGAAAGGCCACCUCCGGAUUCACAGAUCCAAGCCCCCUUCUCUGAGCUUCAGCAGUGGCGGUUUAGACCUGCCGGACUGGCUGUCCAACGAACCAGUGGACUGCCGAGACCUGGGGGGCCAGGAGAACUCGUACAGUGGCGACAUUGGCUUCCAGGGCUUCGAGAACGAGCUGGAGCAGAAGGGGCACUUGGUGUCUCACUUCAGCGCCCUGGCGCCCCCGAGUGGCUGCCAGACAGAAGGAGGGCCCGGCGAGCCGCUGGGAGCGGAGAAUGACUUCGAGGGAUCUGGGCAUCUCGAAAACGGCGUCCCAAAGGAAGAAGAGGUGGAAGAGCUGAUGACAGAUGCCCAUCUUCAAGCAGACAGGCACAUGUGCGCGGACUGCGGGGAGACGUACGCCGACAUUGCGGGCAUCAAAAGCCACCGGUGCCCUGGCCAGAACGGGACCCCGGGCGAAGACUUGGGUCGGGGGGAGAGGAACGGUCUGGCCGGUUCCAGGAGGAGAAAGAAAUCCCCUUCCCAGAAAAGCUUAGAAGCGGAGGAAAGCGCAGGCGAGGGGGAGCUCUGCGAACGCGGGGAGCUGCUGUCGGAGGUGUGCCAGUGUUCCGUUUGCGGGAACCGUUACUCCAGCCUGUCUGCCCUCAAGAGCCACCUGCGCUUCCACACGCACCCAGCGAAGGACUCUCCGAGGCGGGGCCACUCCUCCCUGUGCUUCCCGGAACCCGACACAUCCGGGGGCCUUCUGGAGGAGGAGGAGGAGGAGGAGGAGGAGGAGGAGAGCAACCUCCAGAUAUGCAGCACGUGCGGCGAGAGCUUUCUGAACGAAGCCGAUUUCACCCGGCACCAGCUGACGAGGCACGAGAGCCCUUUCCCGGAUUUCCUGAGGGCGGACGCGCCCCGGAGCCUUUCCGAAGACGAGGCCCUUUCCAAAGAGGGUGAGGAAAACGAAGGCGAGGACAAGAGCCACAUCUGCGGAGAAUGCGGCGCUGUCGUCUAUGGGAAUUACCGGGAGCUGGAGAGUCAUCGCUGUGCCGGCCAGCCGGGUUCCGGCGCGUUCCCGAGCGACCCGCCGCGUACCCUGAAUUCGGAAGACCCCGCCGGGGGUCCGGACGCGGAUGCCAGGCCCUAUCGGUGCGAGCAGUGCGGGCGCGCGUACCGUCACGCGGGCAGCCUCCUCAACCACAAGAAGUCCCACAAGACCGGGGUGUUCCGCUGCUUCGUGUGUCAGAAACGUUUCUACAACCUCCUGGCUCUGAAAAACCACCAGAGGGUCCACUUUGAUGUCAAGCGACACAAGUGCUUGGAGUGUGGCAAAGCCUUCAAGCUACAGAAGCAGCUGGUCAAUCAUCAGAGGAUGCACCUGGAAAGCAAACAGCAAACCAAGCACCUCAGCAACCAGCUGCAGCAGCUCAUGCAAGCCAGCAAUGGCCCCUCCAACGGCAAGCCGCUGCCCCUCCCAGAACGGGGUUACCCAGGCUCGGCCUUGACUGACAGCUGGGUGGAAAAUAACCUUGGGAAUCUGGGCUAUGGCAGCGAAAUCCACCAGGGGAAGGAAGCCCGAUCCACAAAUGCUAGCAAGCCUUCUGCUGGUGAGGAACAGCUCAAAACCAACAGCCCGCAACUCGCCCCAGCCCAGGUCAGGCUUAGGGGUAAAAGGCGGUCGGAUUCUGAGGCGGGGCGGGCAAAAGGCUCUGUGGAGCGGCCGUACUGCUGCGGUCAGUGCGGCAGGACUUACAGGCACGCCGGCAGUCUGGUCAACCAUAAGAAGUCCCAUCAGGUUGGUCAGUAUUACUGCGCCGUCUGCAACAACACUUACCCCAACCAGCUUGCAAUGAAGAACCAUCUGCGAGUCCACUUUGGCGUGAAGAAGCAUCGCUGCCCGGAUUGUGGGAAAGCCUUCCGCGGGAAGAAGCAGCUUUCUGGUCACCCUUGCGGAAAAGUUGGUAGAGCCCCACGGCAGACUGGCAGGGCGAGGAAGCAGAGAAACACGCCGCCGACUUCGGAAAACGCGUUAGACGUCACGCCCAAGAAGAAGAAGAAGAAGAAGAAGAAGAAGAAUGAGGAGGAGGAAGAAGAAGAUUCUUCGGCGUGCGCAAAUUACGGGCUGGCCUUCCCUUCCCCGGACGAGCGUCCGGGGUCUGGCCCGAACGAGGGCGCGACAGCUUCGUCCCGCGGCCCGGAUGACAGGCCCUUCCGCUGUGAUGUCUGCCAUCGCACCUACCGCCACGCCGGCAGCCUCCUCAACCAUAAAAACACGCACAAAACCGGCACCUUCGAGUGCAUCGUCUGCCAGAAGAUGUUCUCCAACCCCAUGGCCAUGAAGAACCACCUUCGCAUCCACACCCAGAAGAAGCCCUACCUGUGCCCGGAGUGCGGCAAAGCGUUCCGGCUCUCCAGCGCCCUCCAGGACCACCAGAAGCUGCACGUGGGGGACGUCCCGCACCGGUGCCAGGGGUGCGGCAAAGGAUUCCCGAGCGGCAGGAGUUUGAGGCGUCACAGCUGUGGAUUCGGGGCGAAUCAAAAAGGGGGGAGCAAAAGGGAGAGAGCCCCUGAAACCCCCCGGGAAGGAGAAGAGGGUCCGACCCGAGGGUCUCCCGUCGGCGGCCGAAGGGACGAGCGCCCGUUCAGGUGCGAUCAGUGCGGCCGCACUUACAGGCAUGCCGGCUCCCUCCUGAACCACCGGAACACCCACACCACGGGCGUCUACCGCUGCGCCGUGUGCCUCAAGCAGUUCUCCAACCUGCUGGCCUUGAAGAACCAUCACCGCAUCCACUCCGAGGCGAGACGCUACAAGUGCCUGGACUGCGGCAAAGCCUUUCGGGUCUCCUCGCACCUCCUGAGUCACCGCCGGGUCCACACGAAGGAGCGGCCCUUCUUCUGCGCCCCCUGCGGCCGCGGCUUCGCCAGCAAGGCCAACUUCGCCCACCACCUGUCCCUGCACAAGACCAAGCCUUCGAACUACUUCUUCCAGAAGAGGCGGGGCGGGAGAAGAGGAGGGGCGCGGGGGCCGGAGGAAGAGGGGACCCCAGGCGCGGAGCCGGGGGGCAGCCGGAAAGACCCGGGAGUCGCCGAGGAGCCCCCCGCCUUGGAGUGCGACAAGUGCGGGAGCUUUCAUCGGACUCUGGAGGACCUCCGGGAGCACCAGGAAACGCACGGCGGGGACAAGCCCCACGCCUGCGAGCAUUGUGGCAAGACUUACCGCCACGCGGGCUCCUUGCUCAACCACAAGAACAGCCACAAGACGGGCUCGUACUCGUGCGUCGUUUGCCAGAAGGAGUUCUCCAACCUCAUGGCACUGAAGAACCACAGGCGGAUUCACACGGAGCCCAGGAGGUACCAGUGCCAAGACUGCGGCAAAGCCUUCCGCGUCUCCACCCAGCUGAUCUGCCACCGCAGGGUCCACACCAAGGAGAAGCCCUUCUCCUGCACCCUCUGCGGCAAGUGCUUCUCCAGCAAGUCCAACCUCCGGCACCAUCAGAAGGUUCACGAGAGCAGGCACCCAGCGGAGGAAGGCUUGGGAACCCCCCUCUCUGCGACGGGGAUCGGCCCCGGAGCCUCAGCGGACCUGGGAGGGCUCCCCGGGCUGUCUCGGGUCAAGGCAGAGUCAAAUACCCUCCGCCACCCCCCCCCCCCCCCCCCCACCCCCCCAAAAAAAAAAAUGUCAUCUUCACCAGAACCCGUCAAAACUCCGGCCGCCCACAAAACGGAAGAAACCAACGACAGUGGGGGCCGCACGCCCCCUGCUGGCCGGCGCGGGAAGGGCGGUCGCGGCCGCACCUACCGCUGCUCCGUCUGCCGCAAGGCUUUCCCCAGCCUCGCCCUCCUGCAGCCUCACCGCGCCACCCACGCCAAGGAACGCAAGCACCGCUGCGCCGACUGCCCCAAGGCCUUCGAAACGCGGGCGCUGCUCUCCAAGCACCAGCGGUCACACUCCUCCGCGCGCCCGUUCCAGUGCCCGCUCUGCCGCAAGGCGUACAAGUCGUCCGUGGAGCUUCGGAACCACUCGCGCAGCCACACGGGCGAGAAGCCCUUCGUGUGCUCGGAGUGCGGGAAGGCUUUCAUGCAAGCCGUCUGCCUUCGCAUUCACAUGAGCCAGCACUCUGGAGAGAGGCCUCACUGCUGCCCCCAGUGCCCCAAGAGCUACCCCACGCUCUCCAAGCUGAAGGUUCACGUCAGGUCCCACACGGGAGAGAAGCCCUACUCCUGCACGGAAUGCGGGAAGGAGUUUGCCGACCCCUCUGUGUUCCGAAAACACCGUCGGAACCACCAGGGUCAUCGACCUUACGCCUGUAGCGAGUGCGGCAAGACCUACACCGAGCUGAAGGACCUGAAGAACCACCAGCGCUCGCACACGGGGGAGAAGCCCUACCUGUGCUCCGACUGUGGCAAAGCCUUCUCCCGUUCCUCCUCGCUGGCCUGCCACCUCCGGAUCCACUCGGAGAGGAAGCCUUACCGGUGCGAGCAGUGCGGCAAAGAGUUCACCCAGCUCUCUUCCUACCAGAGCCACCUGCGCACGCACUCCGGGGAAAAGCCCUUCCUCUGCCCGCAGUGCGGCAAAAUGUUCUCCGACCCUUCCAGCUUCCGCCGCCACCAGAGGGCGCACUCCGGGGUCAAGCCUUACCAGUGCGACAAGUGCGCCAAGCGGUUCCGUCAGCCCGCGGACCUGGCUGUCCACCAGAGGAUCCAUUCGGGCCAGCGGCCGUACAAGUGCCCGGAUUGCGACAAGGCUUUCGUGGCGUCCUGGGACUUGCGCCGGCACGCGCUGGUCCACAGCGGGCAGCGGCCGUUCCCGUGCCAGGAGUGCGGCAAGGCGUUCGCCGAGCGCUCCUCCCUCAACAAGCACCGCCGUGUGCAUUCCGGGGAGCGGCCGUUCAAGUGCGCCCUCUGCUGCAAGUGCUUCGUGGUCUCCUCCAGCUUGCGCAAACACGAGCGUACGCACUUGACCGAAAAGCCUGCCAGAGGAGGUGGAGGAGGAGAUGGUGGAGGAAGUGGAGGAGGUGGAGGAGGUGGAGGAGAGCAGCAGCAGCAGCAGCAGCUGCCAGUGGAAGAAUCCACGUCCGGGGCAGUAUCCGGCUUCUGCUGCGAGCGCUGCCGGGCCGUUUUCGGCAGCUGGGCCUCUCUGCGGUCCCACGAGUGCGUCCCGUUCCCCUGCCCGCGCUGCAGCGUCGCCUUCGCCACCGCGGACGACCUGCGCAGGCACGAGAAGGCGAGCCACGCGGAACCACGGAGCCACGCCUGCGAGGAGUGUGGCAAGGCCUUCCUGAACAGGGCCGGGCUCCGCAAGCACGAGAGGAUCCACUCCAGGGAGCGACCCCACACCUGCGCCCACUGCGGGAAGGGGUUCCUGUUCGCCGCCUACCUGAGAAAGCAUGAGAGGACCCACCGGGACCUGCCCACCCCAGGUGGGGUGGAGGGAUUGCCGGAUCAGCCCGUGAUGGCCACGCCCAUCCCCGUGGCCGUGCCCAUCGCGACUUUUCAGACGCUAGCGACAGCGGCCGCUGUCUACCUGGAGAAGUCCGCGGAGGUGACCUGGGAGGAGAUCGGGGUGCAUAAGGAAGCCGACGACUUCAGCAAGCACUGCGAGGAGCAGAAGUGACCCCUUUUCAAUAGGGGGCGCUGCAGUAGAAAAGGGGGGGACGGAGUCACUUCUGUGUACGCGAUCCUGCGAUAUUGUUGGCUGAAAUCAUAACUCAAUGAGGUUUUCUGUUACAGUUUUAUGCUAGUCAAAAUUAUGCUGCAGGAUUUGCAAUUCUAAAUAGUUAUAGUAGAAUAUCAGCCACAAACUUGCAAUACAUAAAUACAGAGGACUUUUUUUUUUAAAAUAAUUUUUCAAACAAAUUGGCUUAUCGUUGAAAGUACAUGAAAUGAUGAAUCUGGAACUGCGAACGAUUGGGCUCGAAAAAAUCAUUUGGACUGGACUGGGGGAAUUCGAAGUGCUGCACAGCAGAGAAUUUGUUCUUAUGAGUCCUGUGCUUUGCCGAUCGCGUGAAAAAUACAGUGUUGAAAUUGCCUUGAAACAACUUUCAUGCAACAUGCAAUACGAGAAAAUGAAAACUUUUAUUUUCAAAUGUUGAUAAUUGCCAGAAUAAAGAUAUUCCUCUGAAAAGCUG